AUGUUUUUAGCACAAGACGUGCAAGACGAAAAGCGUAAAUUAAAUCGUAUCGUUAUUCAACAUUUGACUGAACUAAACGUAUUUCCGUCGAUACCACGUUCGACGAACAUGGAUGAACUUCGUACGCAACGAAUAUCAACUCGAGUGUUUAUUGUGUCACUUAUGCUGUCGCUCACGAUACUUAUUAUCUAUACAUCAGCAGUAAGUGUUACCAAAACAGUUACUAUUCAAACUCCAGAUAUCAAUCAAUACAAACAACUUUAUGAACGAUAUCAAAAAACAUUGUCAUGUCCUUGCA